AGUACUGACGACCGAGUUGACUGUCGACUCGUCGAAGUAUACUCAACUACUCAGUACUGUUUUCAGACACCGACUUGAACUAUAUUUUCAUAUAACAGAAUACGACGGGACGGCAGAGUUCUUGUUGGUCGGUCAACACAUACGAAUAUAGCUAAAUAAUUUUUGUCUGAGACUAAUGUUAAUACUAAAUUAAAAAUGGCAUGGUGUAUUGAUGCUUUUCUUAAGUGUUAUCGUUAAACUCUUUAAUUUUGUGUGAUUAUUUAAUUGUGUAUCACAAUGGCUGACAUGUUAUACCAGAGCUUCGACGUAUCGACCCUUCCCGAUGAUAUUAGGGACAAAUUGGCAGAGUUGGACUUGGAGUUAUCAGAAGGAGACAUCACGCAAAAGGGCUAUGAGAAGAAAAGGACGCGCCUAUUGGCGCCGUUCAUUGCACAACAGCAGUCACAAGCAGGUAUGCAGUAUCAACGCGGUCCACGUGGUGAUGGCGGAAGCAGCCGACAACACACGAGGAACCGCCGAACCCAUCGACGCGUUACGCACAACGAGAAGAGAUACCACUCAGAGGUCAGGCAAGAAGCUGUCCAACAGGCUCUAGCUGAAAUGCAGAACAGGCCUAAGCCAUCCCUGCCGAUGCCUUCCAAACGAACCUCCAUGAUGGCUAAGAGUCCCGACAGGGAAAGGCACGAUCUUUCUUCAAGUUCUGAUGAAGAUUCGUGCGCUGGUGACUCGGAGCUACCUCCUCCACCGGAGCUGGGGUCACCCCCCUCGCGGCGACCAGCUGCGCCUCACCCCCGCCCAAUUGCACACCCGCUGCCGCUGGCACACCAUCACAAUAUCAGGGAAAAGAAGCACGCGCUCCGGGAGAAGACCGAAAUAGAUCUGUCUGAAAUCACUCAAUUCCCCGCAUAUAUUCAACCAGACGUAACGCACACGUCUGCGGGUGCAAGACGCAGCGGUGCUCUCGUCGCCGACAGAGUGCAGUGCUACGCCCAGGCAGAAGACACAGGCACAGGCACUGGCAGGUGGAAGGUCUCAGCUAAAAUACAACAGCUUCUCAACACACUCAAGCGGCCCAAACGACGACCGUUGCCGGAAUUUUACGAAGACGACGACAUCGAAUUGGAACUCGCAGCGAAUCCAAAGGAUCCUAACGCACCUAAGCCCGAAGGAGGAACUAUGACCCCGGCGGUUGGAGAACAGCUUGUAGUGCCAACGGGUCUGCCGAGAAACUUGGAAGCUGCUCUACAGAGAUACGGGACGGCUUCGUUCAAAGCCAAUGUUGCGACGGUACUAGACCCCAACGGAAAACUUAGUAAUUCACUGACAUACGGAAAGCUACUCAGCCGUUCACUGAAGAUUGCUCACGCAUUGCUCAAUAAAACAUUCACGUCGAAAGCGACUAGUGGUGGACCAUUAACUGGCGAUAAUACGCUGAAACCCGGAGACAGAGCUGCGUUAGUUUAUCCAAACAAUGACCCGAUAAACUUCAUGUGCGCGUUCUACGGAUGUCUUCAAGCGGGAGUGGUACCGGUGCCGAUCGAAGUGCCAUUGACAAGAAGAGACGCUGGCUUACAACAGGUCGGAUUUCUGCUCGGCUCGUGCGGUAUUCAAUACGCGCUUACGUCUGAUGCCUGUUUAAAAGGUCUUCCGAAGACGUCAUCGGGUGACGUGGUAUCGUUCCGUGGUUGGCCUUCACUUCACUGGGUGUCUACUGAGAAACUACCUCGUCCUCCGCGCGACUGGAUACCUCCGCCCAGGCCUGCGGAGGAUACCCCAGCGCACAUCGAACACACAUCUGCCGCCGAUGGCUCCGCAAUGGGUGUUAUCAUUACUCGAGCAUCUAUGUUAGCGCACUGCCGAAUGCUCUCUGUUGCUUGUAACUACACCGAAGGCGAGCAUAUGGUGUGCGUUCUCGACUUUAAACGAGAGACUGGAUUGUGGCAUGCCGUGCUCGCCAGCGUUCUCAACGGAAUGCACGUCAUUUUCAUACCGUAUGCUCUGAUGAAGGUCAGCCCGGCUUCUUGGAUGCAUAUGAUCACUAAAUAUAGGGCCUCGGUGGCUAUAGUUAAGUCCCGGGAUCUCCAUUGGGGAUUGCUGGCGACGCGCGAUCAUAAGGAGAUAUCACUAAGCUCACUUCGCAUGCUGUUGGUGGCGGACGGUGCCAACCCUUGGUCCUUAUCAUCUUGCGACCAGUUCCUGUCCGUAUUCCAGAGUAAAGGCGUGCGUGGUGACGCAAUUUGCCCGUGCGCAUGCAGCAGUGAAUCAAUGACGGUUUGUAUAAGACGCGCGGGUAGGGGUGGCUCGUCGGCGGGCCGCGGGGUCUUGUCAAUGGCGGGGCUGUCUUAUGGAGUGGUCAGGGUGGAUGCGGAGAACUCACUCACAUCACUCACCCUCCAGGACUGUGGACAAGUGAUGCCUUCAUGUGUUAUUGUAGUAGUUAAAAUGGAAGGGCCUGCGUACUUGUGCAAAACGGACGAGGUUGGCGAGAUUUGUGUUCUGUCCGGAGCGACUGGAUCUGGUUACUGGGGCUUGCCUGGUCUCACUAACACGGUGUUCCGAGUGAAACCGUUUGACGCCGACGGCGAGGCGAUUGGUGAAGAACAUUACGUAAGAAGUGGACUACUGGGCUUCCUGGGACCUGGAGGGUUAGUUUUUGUGUGCGGUUCGCGCGAUGGUCUUAUGACAGUGACAGGCCGGAAGCACAAUAUGGAUGACAUAAUUGCAACUGUAUUGGCUGUGGAGCCGAUGAAGUUUAUAUACAGAGGUCGAAUAGCCGUGUUCUCCGUGCGCGUGCUCAGAGAUGAAAGAAUAUGUAUAGUCGCCGAGCAACGACCGGAUUGUGGGGAAGAAGAGUCGUUCCAGUGGAUGUCGCGAGUGCUCCAAGCAGUAGAUUCCAUUCACCAAGUGGGAAUUUAUUGUCUUGCGCUUGUACAACCGAACUAUUUACCCAAGACUCCUCUUGGGGGUAUCCAUCUCAGUGAGUGUAAGAGGCGGUUCCUAGAAGGCACCCUGCAUCCGGCUAAUGUGUUGAUGUGCCCGCAUACGUGUGUUACCAAUCUGCCUAAACCGAGGGAAAUACAUUCAGACGUUGGCCCCGCCUCAGUAAUAGUGGGCAACCUAGUCCAGGGCAAUCGGUUGGCUUCAGCUCAGGGUCGUGAUAUGGGCUAUUCUGAUGACUCGGACGCCGCUCGCAAGUACCAAUUCAUAUCUCAGAUACUAAGAUGGCGCGCUCAAAGUACAUCCGAUCACGUGAUAUUCACAUUGCUUAAUUCAAAAGGCGCAGCAACAAAAGUUCUCACGUGCGCUGAAUUGCACAAAAAGGCUGAAAGAAUUGGCAACCUCUUGCUGGAGAAAGGUCGGGUGAAUACGGGAGACCAUGUCGCAUUAAUAUUUCCUCCGGGAAUUGAUCUCAUUUGCGCAUUCUACGGGUGUCUCUAUGUAGGCGCCGUCCCGGUCACAAUAAGACCUCCUCACCCACAAAAUCUUCACACCACUUUACCAACCGUGCGAAUGAUCGUAGAUGUUAGCAAGGCGACACUAGUCCUCUCCAAUCAAUCUGUGAUAAAAUUACUUCGAUCGAAAGAAGCUAGCAACGUCAUUGACAGCAAGGCCUGGCCCAUUACACUAGAUACCGACGACAUGCCUAAAAAGAAAUUGCCUAUAUUAUAUCGGGCACCCACCGCAGAAAUGCUGGCAUACUUAGAUUUCAGCGUUUCUACAACUGGAAUGUUGGCGGGAAUCAAAAUGUCCCAUGCCGCUGUAACUUCACUAUGUCGCUCAAUGAAAAUAGCCUGUGAGUUAUAUCCUUCUCGACACAUAGCCCUUUGUCUCGAUCCAUAUUGCGGUCUUGGGUUUGCGCUGUGGUGCUUAAGCAGCAUUUAUUCUGGUCAUCAUUCAAUCCUUAUCCCACCGUCGGAAGUUGAGAUAAAUCCUGCGCUUUGGCUAAGCGCUGUAUCGCAGUAUAAAGUCCGCGAUACAUUUUGUUCAUACGGUGUGAUGGAACUAUGCACAAAGGGAUUGGGCAGUUCGGUGAACCAAUUGAAAGCAAAGGGCAUUAAUUUAGCCUGCGUUAGAACGUGCGUUGUUGUCGCUGAAGAAAGACCAAGGAUCAACCUCACAAAUUCCUUCUCCAAAUUGUUUUCCGCUCUCGGUUUAAGUCCGAGAGCCGUGUCAACUUCGUUUGGCUGUAGAGUGAACAUUGCUAUUUGUUUGCAAGGUGCUUCUAGUCCCGAGCCAUCCACUGUGUACGUAGACCUUAGAGCGUUACGAAACGACCGUGUGUCGCUCGUGGAACGGGGGAGCCCUCAUUCACUGUGUCUGAUGGAAUCCGGUAAGUUGCUACCCGGGGUGAAAGUUAUCACAGCCAAUCCUGAGACGAAGGGGCAGUGUGGGGAUUCUCAUCUGGGUGAGAUUUGGGUGCAGUCGCCACACAACGCAAGCGGCUACUUUACAAUAUACGGCGACGAGAGUGACUACGCCGAUCACUUCAGCGCUCAACUGGUUACUGGUAAUACGGGGGAAGUGUAUGCGCGGACAGGCUACCUUGGUUUCUUGAGGCGAACAGAGAUCAGCAGUACGGGACCGUCGGAUGAUACGUCGAUGAUCUCGAGGGACAGUGACACUGAGUCGCUGGCGUCCGCUUGCGGCAGCAUGCUGGGUGUGACGUCAGAUGGGCACGACACUCACGACGCAGUGUUCGUCGUGGGUGCGCUUGACGAGACCAUCAUGCUCAGAGGAAUGAGAUACCACCCCAUCGACAUUGAGAACUCUGUUAUGAGAUGUCACAAGAAAAUUGCCGAGUGUGCCGUGUUCACGUGGACAAACCUGCUAGUAGUUGUCGUGGAACUGGAUGGAAAUGAUAGUGAGGCCCUGAAUCUGGUACCAUUAGUCACCAACACGGUCCUUGAAGAGCACCAUCUCAUAGUUGGUGUAGUGGUGGUAGUGGACCCAGGUGUAGUCCCCAUUAACUCUCGAGGUGAAAAACAACGCAUGCAUCUCCGAGACGGAUUCCUAUCGGAUCAGAUCGAUGCCAUCUAUAUAGCUUAUAAUAUGUAAUAACCAAAGCUUGGUACACGGGGACGCACCACUGUUUGGCAGCAAACGCACAAGUAACAAAAUAUCUGCUUAAAUGUGUCUAUGUACAAGGAUAUGGCAAUAAAAAAUAAAUUUAUUUGUUACAGUACAGAUAAUUGUCUGAGUCCAAGUAGCUGCAAUCACUCAAAUGUAUUAUACUUAAAAAUGUUACAAAUUCGGAAUGUUUGUUCUUAUAUUGUUAUUUAUGUGGUCUACAUGGUUUACUUUGUAACUUAAGCGCUAAUGACUAGUGAUAUAAUAUAUCAACAAUAACCUUGUGUACCACUGCUGUCAAACGCCAUAAAAUAAUAACAAAGAUCGUAUUAAAUGAAUGGAAUAAGUACUUUAUGACCCAUCGGUAAAAAUAAGUUAUUCAAUAAAGAGUGAAUUAGCUGUAUUAUGUAUAUCAUUUAAAUAAUACGAAAGUCAAGUUUUGCAAACUGCCCGCAUUUUUCGAUUUAAUUUUUAUAUUUACGCCUGUAUUAUAUAUUUUAUAGCUAUUAGUUUCUCUUUCUCAAGUUAUAUGUAAGAUAUAUUGAUUUACAUUCUAUUUCUUAUUUAAGUUUGACUUCCCUAUAUUAUAAUCUAAUUACUUUUUGCAGCUAUACAAAUUUUAUAUUUAUUUUCACUUUUUUAUUCUUAUUAUAAAAAGAUUGUAUAAUAUUAACAUCUAUACUUCAUCGACACAAGGCUGAAUAAAGUCUGACUACUAAUUGUUUAGUGAUAGUGAACAUAAGAACUCGUCUAAAUUGUCUUGUGUCAAGUAAUCAAGUGAAAUACUGCUUUAAAAAUCUGUCAAUCCAUUAAUCAAUUUGAAUAUUUUCUCUUGUCUAUAUGGGACAUAGUUUACACAACUAAAGCAUCAAUUUAAAUGUGUACUUUUUGCGGUUAAGCCUAAUAUUAAAUGGCAUGUGUCUUUUUACUGUAAACAUUAAUAUAGUUGUUAUUUUAUAAACAAGUAUCUUAAAAUGUUAGACGGUACUGUAAUUGUGUAUCUGAUUGGGUAGAGAGUUAGCUUAUUGAAUAAAUAAAAAUUGCAUUUAAUGUAUUAAGUUUGCAUUAGUAAUGGUCCGUUUAGGGUUAAUUUUCAUGUAUUCAGUCAAUAUACAUAAACCUGAAUUUUACUUACACUGGAGUGAAUCUCCUGCUCAGUAUUUGUCAAAUUGUAGUGUGUACUAACAAAAUAUUAUUGGAAUCUAUAAAUUAUUAAAGUUAAAGAGAGCACCCUUUUUUUACUCAUAAUAAUUAUUCUUGUUUAUGUAAAAUUACAUCUCUCUGAUUAAGGUUUGUUGUGCCAACUUUUAAAAGCGGAAAGUGUAUUGCUUUCUGUAAUAUUACAAUUGAUGUUACGAACAAACUAUCACUAUUUUUACCUUAGUUAUAGUGUUUAAAGUUUCUAGCACUUUAUUUGUCUGCAAGUAGAUCCAUUUUGAGACAACAUUAUCUAGAGGACUAGUUUAGGAUAAGUAUAGCGUAUUAUUUGUUAUUUCUGCUCCAUUCCACGGUCUCCAUAUCCAGAAUUUAUAUUCAUCUGUUCAAUCAAUUUAAUAAAUCAUUAACCAUAUAUCAUUUUAAUUUAUAGUUAAUGUUUUAUUUAUUUUUUGUGAUUAUUUAUUGCUAAAUUUAUAAAUAUUAAUUUGUUAUUUAAUUUUACGUUUAUAGUUUCUUUUAGCUUGUUCGGUGUUGUUUAGAGAGUCCUGAAGUUAUGUUGAGAUUUAAUAUAUUUCAUAACGGAUUCAUAAUUAUGAUCUACUGUAACUGUCAUAAUUUAAGUAACUUUCAAAGUGUAUAACUAUCUUAUAUAAAGCAUAGUCAUGUUACAAUGUAUAUGUCAUCUUAUAAGUAUGUUAGAUAAUAACUAAAUUUAAUAAUCAAUGAACAAAAUUCAUUUUUAAUCUUAUUUUAACCUAUGACUAUGCAUAAUAUGUAGAAGUUGUAUGAUUAUCAAGGCAUUAAACGUUAAUACGAUACUUAUUAAUUGUGACAUAAUUGCAAUGAUUGACGUUCAUGGUAUUUGCUAUUUACAUUGACGUAUUACUACUGUUAUAAUAUUAUCUAAUACAUAAAAAUAAGAUGCGCACAAAAUUGUAAUGAUUUGGCAAUAAUUUUGAUAUACAAAAAAUUUUUGACGUUCAAUAAAGACAGUUGGCCUGUUUCAGGCAUUUGUAACCGCUUUACAAUUAUUGUGAUUAUUUUUACGAAAGAUGAAUUAAACGUGGAUCUUUUAA